GUAGCGGUAGUGGACUCGUGGGUAUUAGAGUUGGUUGUCUGUGUUCUCUUCUCUCCUUUUUCCCUGCGAUUCUGCGAAGACCCAACUCAGAAACCAAGUAGACCACAAAACCAUUCAACUUCUUCACCGUCGUGCUUUCGUAGAGUCACUGUAAUCGACCAAAAAAUGCAUUCCAAUCAACUAUUGCUUGAAGAGCCAAUCCGGAUGGCUUCCAUUCUGGAGCCAUCCAAAGGGAGUUUCUUCCCUGCAAUGACGAAGAUCGUGGGGACGUUGGGCCCACGCUCGCGAUCCGUCGAGGUUAUUUCUGCUUGUCUCAAGGCUGGAAUGUCUGUUGCAAGAUUUGAUUUUUCAUGGGGUGAUGCGGAGUAUCAUCAGGAAACUCUGGAGAAUUUGAAGAUUGCCAUUAAGGCCACUAAGAAGCUCUGUGCUGUCAUGUUGGACACUGUGGGGCCUGAGUUACAAGUGGUUAAUAGAAGUGAGACAGCUAUAACACUUAAGGCUGACGACAAUGUUAUUCUGACACCUGAUCAAGGUCAAGAAGCUUCAUCACAAGUUUUGCCAAUCAACUUUGCUGGGUUGGCGAAGGCUGUGAAGAAGGGAGACACCAUUUUUGUUGGCCAAUACCUAUUUACAGGAAGUGAAACCACUUCUGUUUGGCUCGAGGUAAAUGAUGUACAAGGCGAUGAUGUAGUUUGCGCCGUCAAGAAUUCUGCAACAUUGGCUGGGUCAUUAUUCACAUUGCAUGCUUCUCAAAUUCCUAUUGAUCUGCCUACUCUAUCUGAUAAGGAUAAGAAGGUUAUCAGCUCAUGGGGUGUUCAGAACAAAAUUGAUUUUCUGUCAUUGUCGUACACACGUCAUGCAGAGGAUGUUCGUGAGGCCCGUGAGUUUCUAUCCAAGCUUGGUGAUCUAAGUCAGACUCAAAUCUUUGCUAAAAUUGAAACCGUAGAGGGUUUAACCCAUUUCGAUGAGAUCCUACAGGAGGCAGAUGGCAUCAUCCUUUCGCGUGGGAACCUUGGUAUAGAUCUCCCACCGGAGAAGGUGUUUUUGUUUCAGAAAUCUGCUGUUUACCAAUGUAAUAUGGCUGGAAAGCCAGCUGUGGUAACUCGUGUUGUGGACAGUAUGACAGACAAUCUCAGGCCUACACGUGCAGAGGCAACUGAUGUUGCCAAUGCUGUUUUGGAUGGAUGUGAUGCAAUUCUUCUUGGGGCUGAGACCUUACGUGGAUUAUACCCUGUUGAAACUAUCUCUACUGUAGGAAAAAUUUGUGCUGAGGCUGAGAAGGUAUUCAAUCAAGAUGAAUACUUCAAGAGGACUGUAAAAUUCGUAGGCGAACCCAUGACCCACUUGGAAUCUAUUGCAUCUUCCGCGGUUCGGGCUGCCCUUAAAGUGAAGGCAUCUGUUAUCAUAUGUUUUACGUCAUCUGGAAGGGCGGCUAGAUUAAUAGCAAAGUACAGGCCAACAAUGCCUGUUUUAUCUGUUGUCAUCCCUCGGCUCAGGACAAAUCAAUUGAAAUGGAGUUUUAGUGGUGCAUUUGAGGCAAGGCAAUCCCUUAUAGUACGAGGUCUUUUCCCCUUGCUAGCUGACCCUCGACAUCCGGCUGAAUCUACAAACGCAACUAAUGAAUCAGUUCUGAAGGUUGCACUUGAUCAUGGAAAAGCCUCUGGAAUCGUCAAGUCACAUGAUCGAGUGGUGGUCUGCCAGAAGGUCGGAGAUGCAUCUGUAGUAAAGAUCAUCGAGCUUGAAGAUUGAAAUACGGAUACAAGAUGUUUCCAUGUCAUUUCGGUUGAAGUGUGAAACAAAUCAUAAUGCAAUUACCAUUAAUAAUGGUGAUUUUUUGAUGGCUAUCCAUAGCUUAACAUUUAAGUUAAUACAUAUGCCAAGGAUGGAUCUGGCAGAAGUUUGGGAUACUAUUAUGUAUUUUUGAAAACCGAAGAAUGAAAAUGCUUCUUUAGAAUCAUGAGACAAUGGCUUUUCUAUU